CUGUUUGCCAGGCACGAAGAGGAGUAGCGAUGAGAGUAGAGAGCAAAUAUCUCCGUUAAUGUAACGCUAGUCAUUGUAAUAUCGACAUUUAACACACAGUUUCUCCUGUAGGUUAUUGCAGUAAUUAAAAGCUCAUAGUCUUAUAUAUGUUUGACGUUAUUUCCUGCUUAUAAGUAGCUUGGGAUUUGUAAGUACGCGGCCACAGAAGCCAAAUUGUAUGUGUAAAGAGCUAACUGUUAGCUGACAGGCUACCUAGCUUAGCCAUUGAUGCAAUGGCGUUGAAAAGAAUUCAGAAGGAACUGUCUGACCUGCAGAGGGACCCACCUGCUCAGUGCUCUGCUGGACCGGUGGGAGAUGAUUUGUUUCAUUGGCAGGCAACUAUAAUGGGUCCGAGCGACAGCCCAUAUCAGAGUGGAGUGUUUUUCCUCACCAUCCACUUCCCGACAGACUACCCAUUCAAACCACCCAAGGUUGCAUUUACAACCAAAAUUUACCACCCUAAUAUCAACAGCAAUGGGAGUAUUUGUCUGGACAUACUGAGAUCACAAUGGUCGCCUGCACUUACCGUAUCGAAAGUAUUAUUGUCUAUCUGCUCUCUUCUUUGUGAUCCAAACCCGGAUGACCCCCUGGUACCAGAGAUCGCCCAUACGUACAAAGCUGACAGAGAAAAGUACAACAAAUUAGCAAGAGACUGGACGCAGAAGUAUGCAAUGUGAGAACACUGGGGAGAUCAAAAUACAAAUGAGAACAAAAGAAACACGUUUGAUUUGUAACUUGAGGCAAAUGAGCAACAGAUUGGGGGGGUGGGGGUGGGGAAAAACUAGUCCUUUCUUUUGGAGGAGGAAGCUUAACAAUGAGGUACAGUGCCACCUGGCUUUCCAUGUGCUGAGCUGCUACCAUGAGCUGUCCUUCAUGAAUGGAACUGCUGAGCAGGACCUGAUGGGCUCCUUAAAGCACUCCCAUAUGGAAUACCGGAAACUUUUCACAGCCCAUACCGCCACUUUCAGACUUUAAACUGUUACUCCUGCUAUUGUGAUUAUCACUAUAAAGUUGCUAUUUAUCAUUUUCACUGUCAGUGAGUCAUAUCGUCUUGCUAGUCAGAAGCAAAAUGUUUGAUUUCUUUAGGAGGUUUGUUCUCCCUUCAUUUCAGAGGUACUGUCUGUGUCCCACUGGAUGUCUUGUUCUCACUGUACUUCCAUGUAUUUAGUGGCCUUUCUGUGUUAUUAUUUUUUUCGGUAAAUGUGCAAUUGAGGCAGAAUGUUCCCUGUUCGACGUAAAAUGGUGCAGUGCCAUUACCAGCAACAGAUCUGUUGGCACAUACUGUCUCUACCCCCAAACAAUGUGAAAAUGUAAAGAAUCAUUGGUCUCUAUCUCCCACUGCAUCUCAAACGUGACAGUAUUAAAAGGUUUCAACGACAACAAAUCUGCUUUCAGAAGCUAGCUAGCCCUUGAGUAGUGGUUUUGCUCCAGAGGUUGAAUGUCAAUUUCCGUUUUUCUCACACAUGCUGUGAUUGCUCCCAUAUCCCAUAACGGUAACCAGUUGCAGCUGGUGUAAUAGUGCAUAAAAAUACUACUGUUUGACUUGUCACUUGUUGUGGAGCUAUGAACACAGCUGCUGUGUGCCACCUCAUCAGUGCAGUUACUCAGGUAUCUAACAUAAUCAUCAGCCUAAAUACACGCAGUGACCAUGGUGAGAAAAAAGACCAGGGCUCAUAUCAUCAGCCUACUAAAAAUCAGACUAAUCUUACUUCAGUGGUUUGUUCAUGCAAAAGAAAACCUGCGCUACCCUGAGGAGUUAAAGUAGUAAUCAAAGACAGGUCAGCACUCCUGAUGUUCUUUAUGCUUAGGCCCUGAUUUUCUAUUUUCAUACUGUCCUAAGUACUAUUAUUUUGUCACAGAGAUGUUUUUUUUUUUUUUUUAUCUCACUCCACUCCCUGUUGUUACCUUUUGAUUUAUUUUGAACAACUGUUUUCAAACGACACUACUUCUUCUCUAGAUGAAAAUGGCCUUUGGUUACAGCUCGUGUCACUUAAAAUGGGAACUCAGACAUUUAGAAGAAACUUGUGAUUUGAAGAAAUGUGCUUUUUGUUGCUUGAGCUGAAUGAAUACAUUAACAUUCAGUGUACUUUGCUUUAAAUAUCUGGUGAAAUAAAAGUUUGUCAAAAUGUUUAAAUUCAUUUUCAUUAUCAGGUUUGCAAACUUUGAUUUCAUUUAGUGGCUAAUAAUCCACAUUUACGGCCAAACCAUUUGUCUGGGUGCAAAUCUUUGUGACCUUUGCAUUGUGUCUUUAAAAACUUUAGUUUAAGGCCAUUCUUUUUCUUUUCAUUCAAGUCACCAGAAUUCAAAAACAUGAUUGUGAUGUGUCAUAAUGUACAACGUGAUAUUAUUAGUUUUAUGAUCCAUUGUGACCGAAGUAGUUAGAAAACGCUGUUUUUUAUUUUUAUUUAUCUUGGCUGAUAAUGUGCUGAUGCUGCCAAUAUAAAGGGAAUUAUUUGAUGUUAUAAAAGGGGAAUCAAUUUAGCUAUUGAGGCAUUAUUGAGAGGAUUCAUCCAGAAAGGUCCAUACUAAAGCAUGAAAACUAUAGAAGCUUGGUUGUAGAAUUAACAUCAUGGUUUAGGCACCAAAUAUAGAUUUCACCACUAUUAGCAGCUGUAGAGAAAAAAAAGCUCUGAAACACCAUAUAAAUUAAAAGGUUAAGAAGUGAUAUCCUCUCAAUGCAGUGAUUGUUUUGCUGCUACACCACAAUUGAAAAAGAUGUGUGUAAUAGUUCUAGUUCAUUCUUUGUGUGCAUCGUCGUUUGUUCUUCUGGCUAAUUUAUUUAUCUGAAAGCUGAGUAUCUUCCAAUUGUACAAUUGAAUGCAGCCUCAAUUCAUCAUGUGAGUGAUGUGACAUUGACUCCCUUUGUCCAGUGUGCUAUAUAGAGUUUAUAUAUAGGCAGCUUGGCAUGCUUUGCACUCUGGCGAACCUUCUCACAGCCAUUUGCCAGAUAUCAGGGAUUCCGUUACAAUUCAUCUGCCUAACACCUCUGACUGAAAUGAUAGCCUUAACCCUCAUUCUGUGUAUAUAUAAAAAGAACAUCGUCAUCCACUGUAAACUUGCUAUCAGGGCUGUAUCCCCCAAAUGGGUGAGUCAUUUCAUCAGCAAACACAGAACAGCUGCUUGAACAGCACUAAUAUUUCUGUUGAAAAUGUCAGCCUGGCUUUCUCCUGAAUGCAGGACGAGCCUUUUGCAUCCUUAAAUCUGGAUUAUGUAUGCUUGAACUGCCACCAUGAACGUCCCACAUGUCCUCACAUAGCCUACACAAAAUAACUAUUGACCUUGUCAUAACAUAUGAAUAAAGUUCAUUUUGGUUUACCAUC